AUGGCUGAAUUGACAGGGGUUGAGAGAUGUCACCAACGACUGGCGAAGCAGCUGGAUCUAGAAACUGUGCCCUCCUCUGAGCUGGAACUACCGCCUGAGGAUUGCACUAUGGCAAGGCAACCGCAACCGUACCCUUUUUGUUUUGGAGACCAACCCUUUUGGGGAAACAUGGUUGCAGCAACGGGGGCGGGCCAUGUCCCCAUUUCGCAGAAGAAGCUCACAAUCGACAACCUCGCCGAAGCCAUUAGAUACUGCCAAUCACCACAAGCAUCAAGGGCUGCGAACGAGAUAUCAGAGAGAAUGAGGAUAGAGUCAGACAUAGAGGCCGCUGUGGCGUCCUUUCACAAAAGCCUCCCUCUGGAAAAGAUAUCCUGCCAUCUUUUUCCCGAUCAGCCCGCGGUAUGGAAAUACUCCAAAGGAAAACAGCGGAUCAAGCUUUCGAACCUGGAUGCCCAAUGCACCGUCUCCAAACUCCGCAUUAACAGAAACCGCGCCACAUCUGCCUACAUAGGUACCAUAUCAGACGUCACCAGAGCCACUACAGGGAUCCUGAUUGACCGCUAUCAAGAAUAUCGCAAAGGCCAAGCCACCCUCACCACCAGCCAUGCCCAAGCGGGCGGCUCGCACACUCCAUUAACCCAUUAA